AUGGCUGCUCAAGUCACACCUUCCAAGCAGGCUGCUUCUGCCCUCGAGAACUUGAAGAUGUCCGACUCCCCUAUCAAGAAGCUUGACUUCUCAGCUGGCAAAGAGAACGCCCCCACAUCUUUGAAGUCUGUCGACGCGCCUGUCGACAAGAUUGUUGAGAAGACUUCUGAUGUUAUCAAGGUGGCUCCUGGUAUCAAGGAGGCUGAGGCCAAUGAGCCCCUCCUCCAAGAGAACCCCCACCGCUUCGUUCUGUUCCCCAUCAAGUAUCACGAGAUUUGGCAAAUGUAUAAGAAAGCUGAGGCCUCUUUCUGGACUGCUGAGGAAAUUGAUUUGUCCAAGGAUCUCCAUGAUUGGCACAACCGCCUCAACGACGAUGAGCGCUUCUUCGUCUCCCACGUCCUUGCUUUCUUUGCUGCCUCCGAUGGUAUUGUCAACGAGAACCUUCUUGAGCGCUUCAGCGGAGAGGUUCAAAUCCCUGAGGCUCGCUGCUUCUACGGUUUCCAGAUCAUGAUGGAGAACAUCCACUCCGAGACUUAUUCUCUGCUCAUCGACACCUACAUCAAGGAGCCCAAGCAGCGCACCUACCUCUUCGAUGCCAUUGACACAAUUCCCUGCAUUGCCAAGAAAGCCAACUGGGCUCUUCGCUGGAUCUCGGACCGUGAGUCUACCUUCGCCCAGCGUCUGGUUGCCUUUGCUGCUGUUGAGGGUAUCUUCUUCUCUGGUUCAUUUGCCUCCAUCUUCUGGUUGAAGAAGCGUGGUCUGAUGCCCGGUCUGACUUUCUCCAACGAGCUCAUCUCUCGUGACGAGGGUAUGCACACUGACUUUGCCUGUUUGCUGUUCUCUCACUUGAACAACCGCCCCAGCCCCAAGCUCGUUGAGGCCAUCAUUGUCGAGGCCGUCAGCAUUGAGAAGGAGUUCUUGACUGAUGCUCUGCCCUGUGCCCUGCUCGGCAUGAACUCUAACCUGAUGUGCCAGUACAUCGAGUUCGUUGCUGACCGCCUUCUGCUUGCCCUUGGCAACAAGAAGUACUUCAACGCCACCAACCCCUUCGACUUCAUGGAGACCAUUUCCUUGGCCGGCAAGACCAACUUCUUUGAGAAGCGCGUUGGCGACUACCAGAAGGCCGGUGUUAUGGCCAGCACCAAGAAGGACACCGGUGCCGAUGGUGAGAAGACCGGCACCAGCAACAACAAUGGUCUGAGCUUCGAUGAGGACUUCUAG